AUGGGCUCAGCCCCGUGGUACAAGGAGAAAUUGCCUUCUAAGAGCUUUCGAGAGCACAGCAACAAAGCAAAGUUCUCAGAUUCUCUUAACAGCCAGCGCUGGAGAUUCUUGAAAAGUGGCCUGGAUGAUUUCAGAAGUGGUGUCCCUGCUCCAUCUGACAACAUCAUAAUCCGUGGCACAAAGGGGCUUUUACCGAUUGUUCUACCAAAUAAUGCAUCCCAGCAGAAGGCAAGGAAAACGUUUACAAGACAGUCCAGGCUCAGUCCAUUGCAGAGAGCCAGGCGGGAUCACAUUGCACAGACAGAACGCUGCCUGAGCCAACACCCCCUUGCGCUCUACCCUCACCUGGAAGAAAGCAUCCCUCCAGAGCUUUUCGAAGAGGUUGUGACCAUCCUGGACCCGGAGAUGUGCUUGCAUAGUAAAGCUGGAUACAAGGAUCGUGACCAGGCGAGCCACACCCCUCAGCAAGAGCUGUUUCAGCUGGAGGAUGGGAAAAGUAAAGAAAUAAGCCCCAGGCCAUCAGCACUCCUCAAGCAGUCUAAAGGCAAGAGUCCAUACACAUGGUUUUCCAAGAAAGAGGUAGCCGCAAGAGAGAAGGCAGCCAGACGGAGGUACGUUCCUCCCCUUGAUGAGAACGUAAAGCAAGUGACUAAGGAGUUUUGUGACUGGGUUGCUUCUUGGGGAGGAGAACAUUAUAACCUCGAUGAAGAUACCAUCAUGAGGCUGUUUGAUACCGGUUUUGAAACCAAGCCCACGCUGACUAUGCCUGUGGAAGUGGUGGAGAUAAACAAUGUGCCACCGGAGCUGAGAAAACGUCUGGGGGUUUCAUCCUCCCUGAAAGCUAUAAAGGGUCCUCCUAAGGGUGGCUACCAGCCCAAAUGGGAGAAGAUCAGGUAUGGAGCCUGGUACCUUGACCCAAAAACGUGGAGAAAACAGAGAGUAAAUGAGCCUUUAGAGGAUCCCAAAGCAGCAGCUGAUGCCAUUCAGAAUUUAAGGAAGCGGUUUAGUGAAAAGGAGGCAGAGGUCAUGCAGCUCCAUGGAACACAUGCUUUUAAGGAAUUCCUCGAAAGGAAGGGCUACCGGAAGCCUGAGUUUCUUCUGCAGAUGCUGGCUGCAAAGGAUGGUAAAGGAGCAAAAGAGGGGACAUCAAAGGGCCUUAAAAAGACAUAAGGAGCAGAGGGCAGGUUUUUUCUCCACACUCGUUAAUUAAUGCAGAGCUCUGACUUUGUUAACUCACAUUUGUUUCCUCUA